AUGAAACUGUUCUACUGAAACAGCUCUACUGAAAGCAUUGCACUCUCUCGCACUGUUCUUGACUGUGUCCACAUCAUUUCCGUAACUUUCGUCAUGUUCAGCAACAGCAGCGUCGUCCCUUACUUCCCUGCACACGCAAUCGGUGACGCAGCAGCAAGUAGUGUGCCAGGUGACACGACUCCUUUCCCGGCCUGUCCUGGUACGUCGCGUUCCGUCCAGAGCAGCCUCAAUGCUAGUAGAACCAUCAGCGCCAAGUGUGUCAGCUGCCACGACGCCUUCAUAUUUCCUAAGGUCCUCAACUGUCUGCACACCAUCUGCAAAUUGUGCCUGGAAAAGCAACAGACAAGCCCCGACAAGUUGAAGUGCCCUCUGCGUUUACAGGAAACAACCUUACCAGCCGAGGGCAUUGCCGGACUCUUCUCAAACUACGCCACAUCAAUCAUCCUCAAGACUUUGGUGCUCGAUCACUCUUGCCUCACAUGCACUGCCUGCAAACACACAGCCGUUCCUGCAGUUGCACGCUGCCUUGACUGCGUCCACUACAUUGUGUAAUGGCGCACCAAUUCAUGCAUUGGCUUCAAACCCACCGCGUCCUCACAUAGGGUGAGAUCCAGAUCUAUCCAAACAACCUUCGAAAAAACGAUCAAGCGGCACGUUGUUUUCGCCACAACAAUGACUCUUCAGUUCAUCUGCAGGACCUGCGACAUUUGUGUUUGCAGGGAGUGCACAGCGUUUGAACACCCCAUGGGCACCAACACCUCAUGGCUCUUGUCGAUGUGAGGCAAAAGCUCACCGAAGGUCUUUCAUUCGUCAUCAGCAGUACUAAAAAGAAAGUCAACAACCUCCUCAGCUCUGUGACUGGCACAGAAACAACUUUAAGCCGGCUACACAUCCAGUACCGCAAAACUCAGGCUGAUAUUACCAGCUCCUUCGAAGCCUGGAUCGAGACGACACUGGAACAGAGCCAGCAAGAAAUUCUGAUAGACCUGGAAUACACCUAUUAGAAAAACCUCCUGUUAAUGGAGCGGCUGGGUAGGAAAGUGCAGGAGAGCCUAUGCGAGAUCAUCAAAGUUUGCGUCACUGCCGAAAGGCUAGCAAACUUCUCUUCUACAAACAAGGAAUUACUAGCAUUUCAACAACUGCUCGAUACAGGUUUCCAGAAAAUACUGACAUUCAACCCUGAGGCGCACCUGCAGGGCAUGGACCUGAUGUUUGCGCCAAACUUUACCACCCUGCAAGUGAGUAUUCGAAAUUCCUUGGCGUGUACCCAGCAGCACUCCGAAGUCUGGCUGCGUGGAGCAUAAUCACGACCCGAUAUCAAGGCCCCUACCACCGACAGUCCUUCCAACAGAUAUUCCCAAACUCCUCUACGAAUGAGCAACAACGAGUCAUCGAGCACAUCAUUAAUGUGUGAACGCACCUACUGCAGUCGUGCAAGCUGCUCUGCAAACAGUGACCCACGUUCUACAAGGCUCUUGCCUUCUGCGGAAAAAUUGCCCAUGGUACCAAAACAAACAUUUUCCUCUGGGACCGACCCUUCGAAACCCGACGUUAGCCCGCUGCGCAGUCCAUAGGUCUUGGCUAACAUCCUGCAUAACAAGUCCUGCAUAACAAGUCCUACAUAAAGCGCCAGAAAAUUCUCUACCACAGCAAGUUCGGAGAGUUCGGAGUCAUG